CUUUAUCAAUUGUAUAAGAAUUGUAGUAUAUAUUCAGUCAUGUCAGCACCUAGAGCCAUAAAGUUUAAUGCGGGAAGAGUACAGUAUGAUGAAACUACUCAUCGUUGUACACCAUUAGCUCAUAAGGGAGUUAUUAGUAUAAAGGCUAAUGCUGAAGAAGCCGAAUUAUUUGAUUUUAUUUGGAGUCCAAAAGGUGAUGUAACUAUUGCUGGAAAUGUACCAGAAAAGGAAAUGUUAUUAUUAAUGCCUGGAGAUGUCACUUUUAAACAUAUUUCAUCAUGUACUACUGGAAGAGUAUUUGCAUUAACAUUUUAUAGUUCAGGAGCUAAAUAUUUAUAUUGGUUACAAGAUGUAGGUGAUAUAGAUCAGGUAGAUAAAUUAACAGAAAAGGAUAUAAAUUUAGUUAAAUCUGUUAAUGAAUUAAUCUCAUUGAAAUUUGAUGAAGAAGAAGAAGAGGAGGAAGAAGAAGAACAAGAAGAGGAACAAAAACAACCAAUAGCUGAAGAAGAAGAAUCAAAGCCAGAAGAAAGUACAGCACCAACUAGAGCAUCUGAUUUUAAGCUCCCAAUUGGAUCAAUUUCAGAUUUUUUAACUAUUGAAACUAUUGAAAAUCAUCUUGAAGAAUUAAAUACUGAACAAAUCAAACAAUUAUAUGGAGAUUAUUUACCAGAAUCUUUAAGUUCUAAUCCUAAUAAAUCAGAAUUAAUUAAUGUAAUAAAAAGUGGAUUUUUUAAACAAAGUGAAAAAAGAUUAACAAAUCUGUUAAGAGAAGGAAAUGGGGCAGGAUAUUUAUUAGCUCAAAGUCUUAAAUAUGAUUAUAAGGGAGAAGGUGUUGAUAAUUUCUUACAAGGUAUUAGACAAUUGGGUGCGAAAGAGAAGGCUAAUGAAGAAAUAGAGAAUGAUGAAAAAGAUCAAGGUGAAGAUGAUGAUGUUCCAAUGACAGAAUAAUAUAUAAAGGCAUAAGUAACGAUAUUUUAUAGAGUUAUCUAAAACAAAAUUUCAAUAUAUGUUAUAGGUUACGUAUAAGUAUUAGUAUAUAAAGUGUAAAGGUUUAGUUAAACUCCGUCAUUAUUAACUGUGUACAGGAUAAUAGACCAUUUGCC